AUGCCCGAAAAGACAUUGAGUCCAUACGAACAGGUCCCCGUGACCAAGGAAGACCGCACCCAAUUCGAGAAGCCUGGUGGCAAGCAAGAGCUUGUCAAGCAACUUGAGCACGCUGUUCGCCAUGUCGGUUUCUUCUACGUGAAGAACUUCAACAUCAGCCAAGAAGAAGUCGACCGUCAGUUUGCUCUGGGACGCGAGUUCUACGACCUUCCUCUGGAAGAGAAGCUCAAGUACCACAACAUCAAAGACCUCGAAGCCGGCGAAUAUAACGGAUAUCGCCCUGCCGGCCUUCGGUCCCUCGCCCUUGGCAUCACCGACAAUAUCCAAGUUUACAACAUUCCCAAGUUUGACGGACAUCAUGAACGCCAGCAACCUGCUGUACUUCAAGACCACAUCAAGGAUAUCGAGACAUUCAGUCGUAAGUGUCACUCAGAAGUUGUGGUCAAGUUGUUGAAGCUCUUUGCUCUUCUGCUCGAAAUUGACGAGGAGUUCUUCAUCAAGGACCAUGUCUACGAUGACUUCGGCGAGGAUCAUCUACGUUAUAUGCACUAUGCCGCUCGUAGCGCAGAAGAGAAUGCCCAGGUGGGAGAGCUCUACACACCAGGUCACACCGACUUGGGCUCUGUGACCCUUCUGUUCCGCCAACCGGUUGCAGCAUUGCAGAUCUUGAACAACGAAGGCCAGUGGAAGUGGGUCAAGCCUCAGGAUGCAACCAUCACGAUCAACACUUGUGAUGCCUUGACUGCACUGACGGCAGGCUAUGUCAAGAGCAGCGUUCACCGUGUUCGCGCACCUCCGAGUGAUCAGGCUCAUAUCGAUCGACUGGGUGUACUGUACUUUGCACGACCAAACAACCAUGUCGUCCUGGACCCCAUCAAAAGCCCUGUUCUUGAUCGAUUGGGUCUGACUUCCAAUGCGUUCACCAAUCUCAACCAACAUCUGACUAUGCAAGAGUGGGUCAAACUCCGACAGACACAGCAGCAGAGGAAGACUGAGACGCCAGAGAUCAAGGAGGGCAAGUACUUCUACAAGUCCAAGGACCUUGAAAUCCUUCCUGGCUUGACGGCCACGAUACACAAUUGA